GCAAGCCCUUUCCGUUUUCAACGAGACCACUGACGACUGGCGAGCAGGAGCCGGGAGGCGAGGAGGGAGUGGGAGUGGGACCGCCCAUCAUGGACGCCGCGGUGGAGAUCCUCCUUCCGCAGCCGGCGACCGCCCUGGACCACGUCGGCCGGCCGGCUUCCCGCCUCACCACCGGCCGGUGGCCCGCCGCCGUCUUCAUCAUCGGGGUGGAGAUCUCGGAGCGGUUCGCGUUCGCCGGCAUCUCGGGGAACCUGAUUUCCUACCUCACCGGUCCGCUUGGGCAGUCCACGGCGUCGGCCGCCGCGGCCAUCAACGCGUGGAUCGGCGCCGCGCUCAUGCUGCCGCUGCUCGGCGCCGCCGUCGCUGACUCAUGGCUCGGCCGAUACCGCGCUAUCAUCAGCGCCUCCCUCCUCUACAUCCUGGUUUCUUGGAAGUUCUGCAAAGGCUAUCAGCCUGGAGAUGGUUUGCAGCUUGGUUUGUUGUCGUACAGUGCCUACCUUGGGGGAAUACUUGCCGUCAUCAACACUGAUGUUGUACUCUUUUUUUUUCACGUCUCUCUAUUUUGAGCUGAAUAUUGUUAUGCCCCAGCUAUGAUGAUAUAAUGAUUGGUGGUGAAAUUGCUAUGAGCAAACGUUUCAAUGGAAGGCACCGACGGCUGAGCAGGAAAUUCUUGUGUUUUCUCGUGUUUGUUGAGAACAAUUAUGUUCAGCAUUUCAUUCAUUUUGAUAACAUUUGCCGAUUCUAGCCAAUCUUUCGCGAGACGGCAUUUCAAAUUUGAGGAUGCCGUGGCGCUGUCUUACCUGCUGCAGAAACAUUGUGUUUGAAGGACGGGAUCGUGACGUACUGAAGUUUGGUGCGGACCUCGCUGCUGUGUUUGAUUGCAGAAGAGGAGGUGGCGGAGCGGUUCGCUACUGCAGCAUCAUCAGCAUCAACGCACUGAUUGUACAGUGUCAAAGUUGGGAGUUUGGAGGGAAGUAAACAAGGGCUUAGUCAGUGAGCGAUGCCUUUUAACAUUUCCAGAUCCUGGACAAUCCCCGUAGUUGGCGAGCCAGAAUUUUUAAAUUUGGAGGAUGCCUGUGGCAGGAUGUCUUGCUAAACUUGCUGCAGAAUGUUGCGUUUAAAGUAUUCAGAAUUGGGAUUACAAUGUGCUGCUCAAAAUCAUCUCUCUGGGCUCCAGGUUCGUGCGAUGGAGUGUCACAAGCCAGACUGUGACCACGCCAUAAGAAGGAAAUGAGGAGCUGGGCCGGGGAAAGAGAACCAAGAAGCCCACAAAGAAGCUGGACCUAUGAAACGAUAUGACAGUGGGCUGAGCCCAUGUAAUUUCCUUUAUGUACUGGUGAGACUGAGGGGGAGCGUAACAGAGAUGAAAACACAUGUACUAGAAUCCUAAACCCUCAAGGUUUCUGUUCGUGCUCGAAUCCUUAAUCGGGGUUCAGCCGAAUUCUA